CGCCACUCCUUUUGGGCGCUACGCCACAGCUUAGGUCAAAGCGUAGGUACCGCUGGAUGUGUAUAAAAUGCGCCGCUUUGGCACCGGUUCCCCUCACUUCUGCCUACCAGCAGCUCCUCGCCACUCACCCCGUACUCAGCUUUGCUACUCGCACACAUCGAAGCGUCCAAGAUGCCGUCGAACACACACAAUAGUGGCAACAAUGGCGACCGCAACGCCUCUAACAACAACAACAACAACAACAACAACAACAACAACAACAAUAACAACAACAACGACAACAACACUGGGAACAAUGGCAGGAAUGAGAACAACAACGGCAACAACAACGCCACUAGCGGCGGACGUAGCUUCCUGCACAUCGCCGUCGACUACCUACGCAGGUUCAACACCCGAGCGUCCGCGCAGCGCGAAGCGGCGGUGGCGCUGAAUCGGUCCGCCGCCGCCCAGAACGCACAGGCUGGCCCGUCCUCCGGGCGCCCCAGGUCUUCGGCACCUAAUACCAUAGUGUCGGAGAUAUCUGGUGGACCCCAGCGGACGGUUCCACGUCGUCAGGCUGCCCGGUCUGCGGCACCACCACCGUACCCGUCAUCGCGGCCAUCAGGGCCGGGUGGCGCCAACCGUAUCCCGGAUCGACAGCCCGGUGCCUCCUCCCUUCGCCGGGAACACGCGUUCUAUGGCGAAUCCGACCUUCCGCGCGCUAUGAGGCUGAACGCUGCUGAGCCUCCCCGUCCACCCCCUCCAGCUCCCGCGUCGACGUCCGCACAAGCAUCGAGCAGUGGGAGUGCGGCGGGGCGCACCGAGGGCACCCGCAACGCGCCGGCUCCCACCGCAGGUGCCAGCGGUGCCCGAAUGCCCGCCCCUGCAGCUGGCCCCAGCAACGCGCCCGGCCCCUUCCCUGGUCCUCUGCCCGGUAACCCGCCCCUGCCCAUGCCCGGCCCCUUCAACCCGCGCAUGCCUCCUUACGGCCCCUUCAACCCGCCCGUCCCCGUCCCUGGUCCUUACCCGCCCGUCCCCGGCCCCUUCGUUCCGCCAAUGUUCGCCGGCGACCAGUACAUCCCAAUGGCCUACGUCCCCAUCGCGCAGCAAGUGUAUGGAGAGGGCUUCCAGCAGCCCGCGGGUGUCCCUGGUCUCGGUUACAACGUCCCCUACGACCCGCAUGCACAUGCGUGGCAGCUGCUGUCUCACCCAGAAGGAUUCGACGCCAUCGUUGAUCUGGCCACCCCACGCGCAAUCAUAGACCGGCUGCUGGCUACUGGGCGUGGCACACGGGCCGUCGCUGAGGCGCUCGACCCCCGCGGCCUCGCGAACAUGCUCAUGUCGACUCCCGAGGGUGUUGCCGCCGUCGAGGCCGUCACUGCGCAACGCCGGAGGCGCACGCGCCGGCGCAUCAACCACGUCGUGAACAAUGUGACGCGGACGAGCGACUGGAGGCAGGACCCGGACUGGGAGGGCGGCAUCCCGAGGCCGGAACGUCAGCAGGACCCGGAGCCUGUCAGCAUCAACGAGUUCAUCGACGUCGAUGCGGGCGCGGAGAUGUCGGACAGCUCGGUGGCUGGUCCUUCGGAGGCUGGUCCCUCAAGACGGGUGACGGACCCGUCGAACUCAUCGGGGCCGUCGGGCGCAUCUGGCUCGGGGGCAGCAGAAGCACCCUCGACGCCGAGCCGCGGUACCAAACGGGUACGGGCGGAGGAGGACCUCCAGGAUGAUGAGGCCGGCCCUUCGACCGAGAACAGAAGGGUCGUGCGUCGCAGGCUCGGUGAGCCUUCCGCCGUGCGUCUGCGGCGUCCUACCCCCGCCCCGCCUGAGUUCCUCAGCUCAGCUCGGGCGGGUGCUGGGGCGUCUGAGGCGGUGCCGUCCACACCCGCCGCAGACGACCUCGAGCUGCCGCCCUCAAGGGCACCCACUCCGGACUUGGUACCGGACACCGGAUCCGCGUCGGCGACUCUCGGCGACUCGGAGGAAGAGGCACCUGCUGAGCCCUCACGGGCGCGGCCGAGGAAAGCUAGCGGCCGGAAGAGUGGCUCUGCCCGAAAGGACCUACGGCCUGGUGGAAGCAAGUGAGAGAGGACAGUGUGGUACAGACCUGUGAUGAGUUCCAUAGUAUACCCAAGAUACCCAUUAAAACACCAUUUGUAACUCAUCAACUGGCGUCAAACCAUACGUAUAUACCCUUUUUGACAACUCGUACAAGCUGUUUGCCUAUAG